AUGAGGUGGUCCUCCGCAAUAGCGUCUUUGGCGCUGUCAAUAUGGACGGUCCAGGGCUUGGAGGUGCAGAUGGACCAGACCGAGGAGAACCGGCAACGAUGCGCUGGCAUGUACAGCAAAUCGGCCUGGGGGGGACCUGUCGACCCUUUCAUCCUCAUAAAAUUCCUCCCUCAGCAAAGUGAACAAGAUCCAGUCGUCAGCCUGGUCGUCUUCGAGUGGAAGGACGAGGAUCUGAUUGGCGUAUACCCAAGCCCCGAUGCUCCACAGAAAGUCGGUAUCUGCGAGGAAAAGCAAAUUGAAGAGGGUUUCUGCGAAGAACAGAACCUCGGCGAGUUCAUUCUCGCACCUAACGCGACCGAGAAGUCCAGGAACCUCAUUCUCACCGACGCAAUACAUCUGAAGGACUCCCAGCCGAUCAAAUAUGAGAUCAAAAAGACAGGAUACUACUGCGUGCUUACGGACAAGUACACCGCAAACGACUACAGGGCAGUCGUCGAGUUCCGCAAUGCCUAUGGAGAACUUCCGGCCACCCAGAUACCCAAGCUGCCAUUCUAUGGAGGAAUAACGAUCCUCUAUGCUUUGGUCGCCGUCUUCUGGGGCUUCCUCUACUACCAGCAUCAUGCGGACAUCUUGGCUGUGCAGAACUACAUAACGGCCAUCCUGCUAUUCCUCGUUGUUGAGAUGCUCAUGACCUGGGGUUUCUACGACUACCUGAACCGCAACGGCUCGAAUGUGGGCUCCAAGGUCCUACUGGUCGUUGUCGGAAUCUUGAAUGCGGCCAGGAACUCAUUCUCGUUCUUCUUGCUGCUCAUUGUUUGUAUGGGUUAUGGUGUUGUCAAGCCGACGCUUGGCCGCACUAUGAUCUAUGUGAGAUGGUUGGCAAUUGCCCAUUUCGUCUUCGGCUUGGUCUACGCCAUAACAAGCCUCUUGAUCACUCCUGACAGCGCAGGGCCCUUCGUGCUACUCAUUGUUCUGCCAUUGGCUGCAACACUGACCGCAUUCUACGUGUGGACGCUCAACUCGCUCAACUUCACGCUCAAGGACCUGAGGGAGCGCAAGCAACAUGCGAAAGAGGCGAUGUACAAGAAGCUGUGGUGGUGCAUUCUGCUCAGCAUCCUCGUCAUCUUCGCCUUUUUCUUUUUCAAUAGCUUCUCAUUCGCCUCGGCCAGUGACCCAGAUUAUGUCCCCUUCCAUUGGAAGUCGCGGUGGUUCGUUCUCGACGGAUGGCUGAACCUGGUUUACUUCGCGGAUGUCGCAUGGAUUGCUUAUGUCUGGAGGCCUACUGCGAACAACCGUCGCUUCGCCAUGUCGGACGAGAUCGCUCAGGAUGACGACGGCACCUUUGAGAUCAACAACAUGGACAUCGGAGCUCCGGAUGAUUCGGACGACGAGGAGGCGAACGUCGGCUCCAAGCCAGCCAUCAACACGACCCGCGGGGGUCAAACGAGUGGGGUGGAAAGCUUCCAGGCAGCACCAAGCGCGCCUGCUGCGAACGGCAGUAGCCAGCGACCACGGGCUUCGCUGGAUGGCGAGACAAUCUUCGCCAUCGGAGAUGAUGACAAGUUUUCGGACGACGACGACGAAGAUGCUGGGCUGGUAAAAGGCAAUGGCAAAUGA